AUGAAGAGAACGGUUGGAACUGGUUUCAUGGCCUCCGAGACUCAUCUUUCUUCUUCUUCUUCUUCUUCUUCUUCUUCUUCUUCUUCUUCUUUCACCUACUAUUUCUUCUUUUAUUCUUCAUAUAUACGUACUUUCUUUCUCCCAAUCUCUCUCUCUCUCUCUCUCUCUCUCUCUCUUUCUUUCUUUCUUUCUUUCUUUUUCCUUCUAUUUCUUUUUCUUUUCUUUUUGGUACUUAUUUUAACAUCGUAUUUCUUUCUCUCAUUUACCAAUUUCUUUCUUGAUGCUUUUCUUUCUUUCUUUGCACCUUGCAUAUAUUCCUUUUUUUUUCUUAUAUUGUUUUUUUUUUCAUAUUUUUCCCAUUUUCUUGGUAUUCAUUUUUUUUGCUCUAUUAGUUCUUUUCGACGAAUUUAUCAAUUUUCUUAUUUUUUUUCAUAUCUUCCUCUUUUCCUUCCUUUUUUCCUUCCCUCCUUCCUUCCUUGUUCCCUAUUUUCUUCCUGUGCGCAUGCGCGUAUUUCUUCUUUCUUUGCCUUCCUGUUCAUGUGCAUGCGUUUUCCGACAACUGAAUGGCACGUUAUUCCGCAAUAUUUCUUCUUCUUCUUCUUCUCCUCCUCCUCCUCCUCCUCCUCCUUCUUCUUCUUCUUCUUCUUCUUCUUCUUCUUCUUCUUCUUCUUUUUUUUCAUUUUUAUACUACUUUCAUCUUCUCCUUCUUCUUCUUCUUCUUCUUCUUCUUCUUCUUCUUCUUCUUCUUCUCCAAGUUUAGUUCAUUUUUAUACUACUUUCUUCUUCUUCUUCUUCUUCUUCUUCUUCUUCUUCUACGUCUUCUUUUCUUUCUUUCAUUAUCUUUCCUUUUCUUCUUUAUUUUCUUCUUCUUUUCCUGCAUUUCUUUCUUUUCUUCAUUUCAUUCGUCUAGAUAACACCUACUGA